AGAGACGCCCGGGGGCGCAGAGACAGAGCUCUGCAGCCAUCUCGUCCAUAGACGGAACCACAGCGACCGGUUGACACCCGUCCAUCAGCCGCCACCAGCAGCACCCCCAUCAUGCGGGAAAUCGUGCACCUGCAAGCCGGGCAAUGCGGCAACCAGAUCGGGGCCAAGUUCUGGGAGGUCAUCAGUGAUGAGCAUGGCAUCGACCCCACUGGGACCUAUCAUGGGGACAGUGACCUCCAGCUGGAGAGAAUUAAUGUCUACUACAACGAGGCCACAGGUGGAAAUUAUGUUCCCAGAGCCGUGCUGGUUGACCUAGAACCUGGCACCAUGGACUCCGUCCGCUCUGGCCCUUUUGGCCAGAUCUUCCGGCCAGACAACUUUGUGUUUGGUCAAUCUGGAGCAGGCAACAACUGGGCCAAGGGUCAUUACACUGAGGGCGCAGAGUUAGUGGAUGCAGUCCUGGACGUGGUGCGCAAAGAGGCUGAAAGCUGCGACUGUCUCCAGGGCUUCCAGCUCACCCACUCGCUCGGAGGUGGCACAGGCUCAGGCAUGGGGACCUUGCUCAUCAGCAAGAUCCGGGAGGAGUUCCCAGACAGGAUCAUGAAUACGUUCAGCGUAGUGCCAUCGCCCAAGGUGUCUGACACGGUGGUGGAACCCUACAAUGCCACACUGUCUGUGCAUCAACUGGUGGAGAACACUGAUGAGACCUACUGUAUCGACAAUGAGGCCUUGUACGACAUCUGCUUCCGCACUCUCAAGCUGACCACGCCCACCUACGGGGACCUCAACCACCUAGUGUCGGCCACCAUGAGUGGGGUGACCACCUGCCUGCGCUUUCCCGGUCAGCUCAACGCAGAUCUACGCAAGCUGGCUGUGAACAUGGUGCCGUUCCCCCGUCUCCACUUCUUCAUGCCAGGAUUCGCACCCUUGACCAGCAGGGGCAGCCAGCAGUACCGAGCCCUCACCGUUCCUGAGCUGACCCAACAGAUGUUCGAUGCUAAGAACAUGAUGGCCGCGUGCGACCCGAGACACGGUCGCUACCUGACCGUGGCUGCUGUCUUCCGAGGACGGAUGUCCAUGAAGGAGGUGGACGAGCAGAUGCUAAGUGUGCAGAGCAAGAACAGCAGCUACUUCGUUGAGUGGAUCCCCAACAACGUCAAGACAGCCGUGUGUGACAUCCCACCCCGAGGCCUGAAGAUGGCAGCCACCUUCAUCGGCAAUAGCACAGCCAUCCAGGAGCUGUUCAAACGCAUCUCAGAGCAGUUCACCGCCAUGUUUAGGCGCAAGGCCUUCCUGCAUUGGUACACGGGUGAAGGCAUGGACGAGAUGGAGUUUACGGAAGCAGAGAGCAACAUGAACGACCUGGUGUCCGAGUACCAGCAGUAUCAGGAUGCCACGGCUGAAGAGGGCGAGUUCGAAGAGGAGGCCGAAGAGGAGGUGGCUUAAGUCUUCAGCCAUCACUCUGCCCCCGGGGCACACCAGCAAAGCUUUGACCCUGAGCACCCCACCUCUGCACCCAGCUGCUUGUUCCCUUGGAUUCCGUGAGCAUCUUCAUCAUGACGGCCAAGGCCAAAGCCCAGGUUGCUUCAUUUGUUUCACCCUUAACUCCUAAACCCCACUGUCUCUCCAACCGAGGCAGUUUCCAUGAGAGCCCCCAACACACACACACACACACACACACACACACACACACACACACUCCACCUCCUUAA